GCUGGAGGCUGUCUGGACCAGCACGGAACCAGUCAUGACAAAGCACUUCUGGGCUGUGUUACCUCUGCAGUUUUUGGAUGUUGCGGUGAAGUGGACACGGGCUGAAGGGAUGCUCAGCCUCGUGUGCACAUUGUGUUAAACCAGGAAUCCUGAAAUCCCUUACAUUCCUGUACAUACACACAUCCCUCCCGGGACCUCAGCUGAGCCUCUCCUGUACUUCAGUGGGCGCUGCCCCUUGGGACAGAGACACCUUGGAUCACAUUACAUUAUUGUCCACAUUACCACUGUACCUUGCUGGGCACAGACCUCCUGGACACCCCCCAGGGCCCCCUAAGGUGUCCUCUGGUUUUCUGUUGUUCUUUUUCACCAUGCACUGAAGACCGAGCUGGAGGCCGAGAGUCAGAUUUACACUGAUUCAGCCAUGCCUAUCAGAAAAAAAGACACAGGUCGAGCCUUGGGGCUUUUGGAGGAGUACUGCACUAAACUGAGGAAGCCGGAGGAGCAGCAGCUCAAAACUGCAAUUCAGAGGGUGAUGGGGAUUUUCAAAAGCAACCUGUUUGAAGCCCUUCUUGAUAUCCAGGAGUUCUAUGAAGUGACGCUGCUAAACACACAGAAGAGUUGUGAGCAAAAGCUUGAGGAGGUCAACCACAUGGCUGACAAGUGGGAGAGGAGUGUUUCCAUACAGAACUCUGAUGUUGCACACUCGGCCUGCCCAGUGGAGGAGCUGACGCUUUUGUCCAAAGCGACUUCAACUUCUGUCCAGCAGAGGGAACAGUGCAGCUCAGAUCCUAGUGGGAUGGAGCAGGGAGAGGGCAGCACCAAGUCCUCUGAGAACAGGCCACCAGCAGUACAGGGGUCCCCCCACAACGGCCAGACCCCACCCUGCAUGAACCCUGCCUUGAUGAACGUUCCCUGGCAGUACCACUACCAAGAAGACGACUCGCCACCUCUUGACCAGGGAUUCCCACGACUUACCAACGAGGUGCGCUCCCCUGAGCUAGUGCACGUGUCCGAGAAGAACCUGUCUGAGAUCGAGAAUGUGCACGGCUACGUUUCCCACUCCCACAUCUCUCCUCUCAAGGCCAGCCCUGCCCCAAUAAUCGUCAACACAGACACUUUGGAUUCAGUUCCUUACGUCAACGGCACAGAAAUUGAAUAUGAGUUUGAGGAAAUCACUCUGGAGCGGGGUAACUCAGGGUUGGGCUUCAGCAUUGCUGGAGGAACAGAUAACCCACACGUCGGUGAUGACCCUGGUAUCUUCAUCACUAAGAUCAUCCCUGGAGGUGCUGCAGCAGAGGAUGGACGCUUGAGAGUAAACGACUGCAUCCUGCGGGUGAAUGAUACAGACGUGUCUGAGGUUUCUCACAGUAAGGCAGUAGAGGCCCUGAAGGUUGCCGGUUCUAUUGUCCGACUAUAUGUACGGCGCCGGAGGCCAAUGUUAGAGACCAUCAUUGAGAUCAAACUCAUCAAAGGACCAAAAGGGCUUGGCUUCAGUAUUGCAGGUGGAGUUGGAAACCAGCACAUCCCUGGUGACAACAGCAUAUAUGUCACCAAAAUCAUUGAAGGUGGAGCAGCACAGAAGGAUGGGCGACUACAAGUUGGAGACAGAUUGUUAAUGGUGAACAAUUACAGUCUGGAGGAAGUGUCUCAUGAAGAGGCUGUGACCAUUUUGAAGAACACGUCGGACGUGGUCUACCUUAAGGUGGGCAAGCCCACCAAUGUCUACCUAUCAGAUCCCUAUGGGCCUCCUGAUAUCACACACUCUUUCUCUCCAGCCAUGGAAAAUCAUAUCUCUUCCCCCAUCAACAGUGGAACUCUGGAGUACAAGUCCGGUCUCCCCCCCAUCUCCCCUGGGAGUUAUUCCCCCCUUCCUAAGCACUUACUGGGGGAAGAGGAUAUAAACAGAAAUCCUUCGCUAGAUGAUGGGGAGGGUCACAGGUUUGAUUCCCAGCACUUCCAGUUGAGGGAUCCCAGAAAGGUCGUGCUCCACAAAGGCUCCACAGGCCUCGGCUUCAAUAUUGUGGGUGGCGAGGAUGGCGAGGGAAUCUUUGUGUCCUUCAUCCUGGCCGGAGGGCCCGCUGAUCUGAGUGGAGAGCUGCGGCGAGGCGACCAGAUCUUAUCGGUAAAUGGCAUUGACCUACGAGGUGCCACACAUGAACAAGCAGCAGCGGCACUGAAAGGAGCGGGACAGGUGGUGACCAUCUUUGCCCAGUACAGACCAGAGGAAUAUGGGCGUUUUGAGGCUAAAAUCCAUGACCUGCGGGAACAGAUGAUGAACCACAGCAUGAGCUCUGGGUCAGGAUCCCUGCGAACCAAUCAAAAGAGGUCGCUCUAUGUGAGAGCACUGUUUGACUAUGAGAGGUCAAAGGACAGCGGCCUUCCCAGCCAGGGGCUCAGCUUCAGGUAUGGGGACAUCCUCCACGUCAUCAAUGCCUCAGAUGAUGAGUGGUGGCAGGCACGCCGUGUCACCCCACAUGGGGACAGUGAGGAAAUGGGUGUCAUCCCCAGCAAGAGACGGGUGGAGAGGAAGGAGCGGGCACGUCUAAAGACUGUGAAAUUCAAUGCCAAGCCAGGGUCCUUUGAUUCCAAAGGGUCAUUCAAUGACAAACGUAAAAAGAAUUUCAUCUUUACACGAAAGUUCCCAUUCUACAAGAACAAAGAGGGUGAGCAGGAUGGCAGUGAUUCAGACCGGAGUCAAGAUGAAGUGAUCCUCUCAUAUGAGCCUGUGAUGCGGCAAGAAAUUAGUUAUGCCAGACCUGUCAUCAUCCUCGGACCGAUGAAGGACAGAAUCAACGAUGAUCUAAUAUCAGAGUUUCCAGACAAGUUUGGCUCUUGUGUACCACAUACCACUCGGCCGAAGAGGGACUACGAGGUGGACGGGCGAGACUACCACUUUGUGAUGUCCAGAGAGCAGAUGGAGAAGGACAUCCAAGAGCACAAGUUCAUUGAGGCGGGACAGUACAAUGAUAAUCUUUAUGGAACAAGUGUCCAGUCGGUGAAAUAUGUGGCUGAAAGGGGUAAACACUGCAUUCUGGAUGUGUCUGGAAAUGCCAUCAAACGACUACAAGUAGCACAACUCUAUCCCAUCGCCAUCUUCAUCAAACCAAAGUCUAUUGAUUCAUUAAUGGACAUAAACAAGAGACUGACAGAGGAUCAAGCCAAGAAGACAUUUGACAGGGCAAUGAAGCUGGAGCAGGAGUUUGGUGAAUUCUUCACAGCCCUGGUUCAAGGAGACACCUUAGAGGACAUUUAUAACCACUGCAAACAGGUCAUAGAGGAACAUUCAGGACCCUAUAUCUGGAUCCCCUCAAAGGAGAAACUAUAAGAACUCUUCACUCUGGAAAGGAGUCUGCACUACUAGAAAAUAGUAACACGUUGUAUUAUACAAUAAUUUAUGGCGCUGAAUAGUCUUCAUAUAUAAUAAUUCUGAUUCUGUUUUUUAUUAUUAUUUUAUUCUAUUUUUCUCUUUUGUUCGGUUACUGCUUCAUUUUUCACUCAACAUGAAUGUUCCUGAAUGUAAAUGAGUGUUAGAAAUUGUUAGGUCUUAAAAGUUCAACUGUUUGUGUAUUUGCAGAUUUUUAUUUGAUAAAAAGGAAAAGAAAUGUAAAGGAAGUUAAAUAAAUAUGGGUUUGUGUCCGUGACGGCACUGUGUAAAACUUCAAGCAGGAAACUGGAGGUGGUUCAUACAAUGCAAAUGUCUUUGCUUUGCUAAUGUAGGAAGGAAACUCGGUAUUCGAACUUUAACACUCUCCCCUUCAUUUUACAUUGCAAAUAAUCAUGUAAAGUUCAAUGUUUUGUCCGAUUUUCUGUGUACUUCCUGAACACAGCUUUUGUCUUCGUUUACACUGCCAUUCCAUCUUUGAAUCACUGUAUUUAUUUCUUGACUUGACAUGAACAUGUGUAAGAAAAAUGUUUUGGUCACUGUAAAAUGUUCAUGUGUUGUUGUUUUUUAUUUAAAAGCAGACAUUUCUUAUUCAGCUGUUGCAUUGACAAUUGUAAGUAAAGGGAGAAAGCUGCUAUCUGCAUUGGAGAUGUACCACUAUAUUUUGCUACUUAAAUUGCUAGAGAGCACAAAAGCACAGAGUUAUUUAUUAUUGAAAAUAUAACUUUGAUUAAAAGGUCAUUUACAGAGCAUAUUUUAAUGAAGUGAUGUAGUAUGUUGUGACUGUGUUAGGAUCGAUGGGAAUAUAAUGCUGAAAGAGACAUUUGACGUUCCAGAAGUUUGAAGACUUGGAGAGGAGAGGGCAGUGAUUGAAUUUAAUACCAUUACCAACACACAUUUUUGUCUCACGAAACUAACAGCAAGACGCAGAUAAGUCUGAGUAUUCUGUAGCAACACUGUACAGAAAAUAAGGAAGUGAAAUACUUUAAAAAGGUGAGUUUUUGAAGAGGAAGUGAUUCAAAGGUUUCGACAGGCAGGCUGCUCCAAAUCUGCGCUAAUGACCUGAAGCUGCUUUUCCGUUAAUAUAUAAAAUAUAUAUAUAUUGGUGUUUUCCCAUACUUUUUCCCUACAGAGCUGCACCGGGGGGACACUUACAGAAGAAGGGAGUACUGCAGCUUUGUAUUAAUAUAAACCUUUGAACAUAUUUUUGCACAGAAUGGAGACUGGAUUCACUCACAUUUGAAUUCCAUAAUAUCUCGCAAUGAACAGUGUGAGCAUGAGGCUAGGAAAAGCAGUUUCAAUGCUCAUCUGGGAACCUGACUAUGUCUUAAGAUGGGCCAAAAUGUAACUAAUGAUACUGAUAAUGCAACAAGGUACUAACAAGUUGUCUGUGGCCAGACAGUGAACCUAUUGAAAGCUCCAGUCAUGGCUUGUCUGAGCUGUAUAAGUGGAGACAUGAGCCGAACACCUGACAGGAUGAUAGAGACGGUCCUGAAUCUGCUGCACAGACCCCAGACACCUGAAUACAGCUGUCUGACAUUCAUUACUAUUCGUUUUAGAAGUGGGUGAGCCCUGAUGAUGAGCAUAUGGUUAACAGACCUAGCACGAUACAGUGUGUUUACUGUGUUUGUGUUUACUCACCAUUUGCUUGCCUUGUUUGAAAGGGCAUACAAUAUAGUACCUCGCUUUAUUCAAAAUAAAAAUCCAUGAUGUACUUUAAGCACUUGGAAUGACUAAUGCAUCUAUCUAUUGUGAUGACCUCCCUGUUUUGUUUAGCUGCAAGGCCACUGGCUGUUAGAUUCCCAUGGCGACAAUUUGUGUGUGAUAUAAAUUCUAGUAUUAAUGCUAUUUGAUUUAGACAGCAUGUUUCACCCAACCUGUUACCUGGUAAAUAUCCUACUUACAUUUAUUGCAGGUAUGUUUCUAAUCAAUGGGACAUUUCUAAAGUGCACUUAUUGAUUCUUGUGACAGAAAUGGGCAAUGUAUGCUAAAAGUAAUGAAUACAACUUUAAAAACAAAUAUAAAUCACAUCCCUUGUUUAUUGUGGGAGACGGCACAGUGACCACCUGAGGAGACUGAACUCUGACCUGCUUAUAUGGACCAUAUACUGUACUUGUCAUCCACUGAUAACAGACUGAACAAACACACCUCAGUUUAUAAAUGAGUGUGGACUUUCAAUUUUUAUGUACAAAUAAGAUCAUCUUUCACUGCUCCCUUCUCAUAAACUGCUUGAGAUUUGUGGCUGAUAGAGCAAAUGUUCUCAGUUGUGACAUGUGUAGAUCAAUGCUUGUGUUUCCAGAUAUCUGCCACCAUUCUUUUGCAGACUUCCCAUAGCGUAUAUUGAUCACCACUUGCCUUAACAGACUAGGUUUACUCUAUAUAUCAAAGAUGAAAGCUUAUAAAUGUACUUUUCCUUUGAGGAUGAAAAAUGUUAUUUAAUAUUCCUUCACAUCUACAAUUGAGUGACAGAAGCUGAAUUCAGAACAUGUCUUAUUGCUGAGGGUGACUGCCUUGAAAUUGUAAAAUUAAAAGGCUGAAGACAUUUUAUAUUUUAUAAAUCUAUCUAAAAAAUGUGCAUUCAUGUCCCAACAAGAAACGCAUUUUAAAAUGGGGGGGUUCAGAAACAUCUUAAUACUUUGGUUCUUGUGUUUUUCAGAGGUCUCAUUGGCCAGCAAUAUUUCAUGUGAAAGAAAAUGGAUCUUGGCUUGAUACUAAUGCAAAACUAAUACAAUACUUCCAAAGUUAUUGUGAAAAUUUUUAAAGUGUGUGGAAAUGUAAAGGAUGUCUGACCUAUGCAUGUUGCAACAGUCUUUUGUGUCUCAUGGAUGUGCAAUAUUCAACACACCUGGAGCAUUGAGGUAGCCUACCUGCUGUCUUUUAAGAUUUGAUCCAACUGCAGAUUUUAAACAUUCAAUCAGACUUGUGUCAAUUUUUAACCCAAAUAAAAACACUGUUGUAAGA